AGUCUCGGUCACUCGGUACGACCGCUUUAGUUCCAAAGACUUACUGAGUGAGCAGCUGUAGUGUAGUAGGCUCCCUCGCCACACCAGAGCAGGACCACCGGCCGGACUGUCUGCUCGCCCCGAAGCCCGCAUGGAGGCACCAGCCGGCCGCAGACGCUGCGCCCCAGUCCGCUCUCUCACGGAACCUCCUUGUCCAGUCUGAGUGGGCUGGUGCUGGAAAAUAAGAAGUCUGCCAGAUCACUUUCGACCCGAGAGGAUUUUUUUAAGGCGAGCUGGUCCACUCCUGUCUGUCGAUUUGUUAUUAUUUUUUUACUUUUCUUUUCGCGUCUUGUGAAAAAGAGCAUCGAUGAAUUCGGAUAAAAAUGUUUACCUCGGUAGAGACAAAGGCAUCAUGCGGAAAAGAGCCUUGCUCCUCCGGAAGGGCUGCAGCUUCGAGAUUACCAGCUCGGCCUCGGAGGACUUGGGCUGCAGGCGUGGAGACUUCAGCAGGAAGCACUAUGGCUCCGUGGAGCUGCUGAUAAGCAGUGAUGCAGAUGGGGCCAUUCAGAGGGCGGGACGCUUCAGGGUGGAGAAUGGCUCCACAGAUGAGAUUUUGGACCACACCCCUGGUACCUGGAGGAGAACCGACGUCCAUCUGGAGAAUCCCGAGUACCACACCAGAUGGUUCUUUAAAUACUUUCUGGGAAAAGUCCAUCAGAACUAUGUGGGCACGGAUGCAGAGAAAAACCCUUUCUACCUGUCAGUGGUGCUCUCAGACCAGAACAACCAGCGAGUGCCACAGUAUCGAGCCAUCCUGUGGAGAAAAACGGGGACCUUGAAGAUCAGCCUCCCCUACAGCCCGACCAAAACACUAUCAGUCAAGUCCAUCCUGAGCGCAAUGAACAUGGACAGGUUCGAGAGGGGCCCCAGGGAGAUCCUCAACCCUGACAUUCAGAAGGAUCUGCUGGUGCUAGAAGAACAAGAGGGCUCCGUCAACUUUAAAUUUGGUGUACUGUUUGCCAAAGACGGACAACUCACAGAUGAUGAGAUGUUUAGCAACGAAAUGGGCAGCGAGGGCUUUGACAAGUUUCUCAAUCUGCUGGGCGACUCCAUCACGCUGCAGGGAUGGGCGGGCUACAGGGGAGGCCUCGACACCAAGAACGACACUACAGGGAUCAAGUCCAUCUACACCGUGUAUCAGGGCCACGAGCUCAUGUUCCACGUGUCCACCAUGUUGCCGUAUUCUAAAGAGAACAAACAACAGGUGGAGCGAAAGAGGCACAUUGGAAACGACAUUGUUACCAUAGUGUUCCAGGAGGGCGAUGAAGCGUCGUCGUCCUUCAAACCCUCCAUGAUCCGAUCGCACUUCACCCAUAUAUUUGCAUUAGUUAGAUAUAACAGCCAGAAUGACAGCUACAGGUUGAAGAUAUUCUCAGAAGAGAGCGUGCCGCUGUUUGGACCUCCUCUCCCGUCGCCGCCCGUGUUUACUGAUCACCACGAAUUCAGGGACUUUUUACUAGUCAAAUUAAUCAAUGGAGAGAAAGCCACACUGGAGACGCCAACAUUUGCCCAGAAGCGUCAGCGGACUCUGGACAUGUUGAUCCGCUCGCUCUACCAGGACCUCAUGCCCGACCUGCAUAAGGUCCCUUUUUCCCCGCAGAACAUGUUGAACCGGCGCUCCUUCAGCGACGUGCUGCCCGAGUCGCCAAAGUCGGCGCGCAAGAAGGAGGAGGCGCGGCAGGCUGAAUUUGUCAGGAUAGGCCAGGCCCUCAAGCUGAAGACCAUCGUGAGAGGAGACGCCCCUACCAGCCUGGUCACUACCGGUCUGUGCAGAAAGGAGCCGUGGGAGUCGCAGUCCUUCUGCAGCACGUUCCCCUAUGAGAUCGUGUGCGCCGACUCCUGGGGUCAGUCGCUGCUGGUGGCCACCGACACAGCGGGGGUCGUCCUGCUGGAGGGACCCGAUCCACCCUCGUCCUGCACCGAGGCGCAGGCGCUCCCCCCGGUGCAAGUGUUUGACAAGACGCUGCUGGUGAAGCAGAUGCACAUUCUCGAGCCUCAGGACCUGCUCAUCACCAGGGCAGACAAAGGAAAAGAUGCUCGGCUGUACGUGUUCCGACUAAGCACGCUCAAGAGAGGCCUGGAGGAGCGGCAGCUGGCUAGGAGCAAGUGCGACAGUCGGGAGAAUAAACUUGAGAAAACUAAAGGGUGCCAUUUGUACUCCAUCAACACCCAUCACGGCUCUGUGCUGAGGAUCGUGGCGGCCAUCAGGAACAAGCUCCUCCUCAUCACCAGGAAGCGCUUCGAGGGCUUCAGCGCCGUGGGAGCGGAUUUGCCGGUGGAAGAGUUUCAAUACAUACGGGAGAUCUGUCUGUGCGACCCGCCUGUGGUGAUGGCACUGGUGGACGGGCCGACGGGCGAGAACGACAACAUGAUCUGCGUGGCCUACAAGCAUCAGUUUGACCUGAUCAACGAGAGCACCGGCGACGCGUACCGGCUGCACCACGUCGACGCCAACAGGGUGAAUUUUGUGGCAGCGAUCGACAUGUACGAGGACGGCGAGGCGGGUCUGCUGUUGUGUUACAAUUAUAUUUGUUACUACAAGAAAGUUUGUCCGUUCAACGGCUCCACUCCCAUGAUCCAGUCCAACACGUCCGAUUUCCACUUCAGCUGGAACCAGAUGCCCAACGCUAUAGUCUGCGCCUUCCCGUACAUCCUGGCCUUCACGACCGACUCCAUUGAGAUCCGCCUGGUGGUCAACGGCAACCUGGUGUACACGGCGGUGGUCCCCGAGCUGCAGCUGGCCUCCUCGCGGUCGGACAUCUACUUCCUCUCCUCGGCCCCGGUGAGCUCGGCCUCCAACUGCAGUUCGAGGGACACCAGCUCUCAGAGUUCCCCGCAAACGCCCACCGGCUACGAGAUGCCCGUCUUCCCCUCGCCCCUUGGCGACGAUUCUAUACGGAUCCCCUACGGUACCAAGCUCUCGCUGUACAUGUCAAAGGAUGCUGAAGGGGACUCGUCCUGCAACAAACACGUCUUCAAGAUCCCGCUGUGCAACCUGGUGGGCCGCAGCAUCGAAAGGCCCCUCAAGUCUCCGCUGGUCAACAAAGUGCUGACGGCGCCGUUGGCGCCCAUUGCCGCCACUGCAAUCGCCUCCACGCCCCUCAUCUCGGCCACGCACUCGCUCUCGCUGUCCCGCAUGGAGAUCAAGGAGAUCGCCAGCCGCACGCGCAAGGAGCUUCUGGGCCUGACAGAAGAACCCAGCGGGAAGCCAGACAGCGGCGCUUUGAAACAGAGAAGAAUGAGCAAGAAGAACGCGGAGGAAGACACUAAACCUCGAGCGCUCACGUCGACAAACAGCGACAGGUUGGACUCGGAAACCAGUGAGUCGGACCUGGAAGUCUGCGCCGCCUCGUCCCUCUUGGAGGCCGAGCCGGAGAAGUCUGUGCUGCAGGCGGAGAGUCCGCCGCUCGCCAGCGCCUUCGCCGCUUCCUUCCAGGAGGACGUCCUGGACCUCAAGUGAAGACAAUCCCAUCGUGCACUUCUCUCCAAAAACCUCUGCUCUCCUUUCUUUUGCUUGCCGUGCUUCUUGAGUUUGAUGUUGGCCUCCUUGUGAGCGUCUCCUUCCGCCGGACCAGAACAGUCAAACAACCCAAAGAAGCGACGACCGUUCAUCCCAAACUGAAUGUAAAACAUUCACCACAAUUCACUCUUUCAUUGACGCACCUGCUCAAAGACCACCGUCUGGUGUGCAUAUUACUAGGUAUAUCCUGUAAAAAUAUAUAUAUUUUAUUGUCAUAUUUAGUCCUGUGUUCUAUUCAGUGUGCAGGUAAACAGAAUUGGACGUCAUUAUAUGCUAUUUCCCAGUAGCCACCAUCUGAAAAUAUAGUAAUCCAAACAUCCCAUAAUGUAGGAUAAUACAUGCUAUUAGCAAAUACAAAGAGCCUUUCCUGAUUUUGUGCAUUGCCUGGCCUCUUUACAGCCAGGUGAGGGCGCUGUUGUGCCAGUGGUAGAUUUUUCUUUGUAUUUGUAUUCAUUGGUAAAACUGCAUUUUAAACGGUUUAAAGCAAAGUUUUACUGUAGCAGGUAGUCCUGAACCAUUUUAAGCAGGCCACGUAUGAUAAUUUUCCUCAAAAUACCAACGUUUUAAACAUCUGUCACGAUAGUUUGGCAUUUCCUAAUACACAUAAUCUACAGACAUGACAGUUUGAUUGGUGACGGCCAGGGGCAGUUGUCCACGCCGCGCCCACAUGCUAUGACGUAGACAAAAUGCGUUCGCAAUUUACCGUCGCCUACGUGUCUAGCUAGUAUCUGUCGUUUUAACCGCGGCUCACAUGGUCAAAGUCCCCCGGAGGAGUUUGUUAUAGUACAUCCCCGGUUUUGGCCCGAAAAAAUGGCCGACGUAAACCAAGAUGGCCAACUUCCUGUUCAUUUCCGGAUAUGGGUUCUUAAGGCUUUCACGCGCGUCCUGUCACGAGGGACGUUUCCAGCGAUUGCCGUGACGAUGCGUGAGUCUAUUUUUUCCCCCCAACUUUUAAGAGGGCGCAAAUAAGUAACUCAAUUCAAGCAAAGUGUCCUUGCUUUUACAUGACUAAUUCAAUGGACAUGUAUUUUCAGAUUAAACACUGCUGUUGCUAAAUAUAGCCUCGUGAGGUCCUAAAGUUACACACGUUAAAAAUAACAACCACAUAAUGAACUACUUUUAUGUUAAAACGGUAUCUUUCUUGUUAGCAAAUACUCAAUAAUAAACGACUUUUAUAGUUGCAAAAACGGUAAAUAUACAUUUGUUGGUAUCAAAUACUCAAUAAUAAACAACUUUUGUAGUUUGAAAAGAGGGUAAAUAUAUAUUUCCGGGUGUGUCCAACUAUGCUAACAUUGGUACGAGAGCUCCACCUAGUGGUGGCUUGUUGUCACAGCAGCCUUCAGAUUGCCUGCAUGAGCUCCUCAUCAUCCUUUCCUCUGCUCGUGUCCUCCAAGGUGGUGGAAGGUGAUGUUUACAAAGAUGCUGUGUUCAUUAUGACUUUUUAUUCCCGUUUUGUUCUCUCAUUCCUACCUCCCCCUUGGCAUUUGGCUGUUUUUUGUUGUUUUGUAUUGACAUCUGUAUUUCCUCUUGCUGAACCUCUCUGUGAUAUCAAAACGAAAGGAAAAUUCACCAGAAAAAGGACAAAAAAAACAAAAAAAAACACCAAGUGUCUUAAAAUAUUGUAUCGCCAUCGUUUUUAAUGCCAAGUACUACUUGUAAAUGUUUGUGUAUCAAAUGUGGCCUCAAAUGAUGAAGCAGAGAUGAAGAGUUAUUAUUAUGAUGAAUUAAUAUUAUAAUUAUUGUUAUUGGAGCAGUUAUUUUAAACGAGUGCUGUAGACCACCGCUGUGAAAGUAGUUUGGUUUAUUGAUAUGUAAUAAAUAUUUAUGGAAUUUAAGCUGUAACGAUCUUUGAUUUGCGCUGAUGUGGCAAGAAAUGAUUUGAUGAAGGAAAUGUUUGUUUUUCUUCAUAAUUUCCUGCUUGCGUUUGUCUGAUGCCAACAUGAAGUGACAUGCUGACAGGAAGGAAAUGUUGAUUCU